AAAGCUACCACCUGUCAAGUUGCUCGGCUGUGCUUAUAAGUAAACGGUAGUCUCGAGGUUGAAGAAAGGAAAUCACAAAGCAAAACUCAAGAAAUUUGUUUGAAGAACAAAAAUGGGUUUGAAGGAGGAAUUCGAGGAGUAUACCGAGAAAGCUAAGACCCUCCCGACGAGCACUACGAAUGACGACAAGCUCAUUCUCUAUGGACUCUACAAGCAGGCUACUGUUGGACCAGUGAAUACCAGUCGUCCCGGAAUGUUCAACCUGAAGGAAAAGGCCAAGUGGGAUGCAUGGAAGGCUGUUGAAGGGAAGUCACCGGACGACGCGAUGAACGACUACAUCACCAAGGUGAAACAGCUGCAGGAGGCUGCUGCUGCAUCUUCUUGAUGUGUGACAGAGAUGAAAAUGGUGUGCUUUCAAGGCCCUUGUGAUCUGGGAUUAAGAUGAACCCCAAGUUAUUAGUGAUUUCUGGUCUAUUUCACUUGUAGCAUCAAUGAGGUGAAAUGAAUAAAUAUAUCAACUUUGGGAUGGUUAA